CCUGGAGCCAGGCGAGCAGAGCCAAACUACAGCGGAGCAAGUCUCGUUUUGUGAAAGCGGGAGGAAAAAGCCCGAGCAUGCAGAGCGCGCAGAGCAUGAGUUUCUGUCUGCCGAAGCAGUGCCUUUGCCUGGCUUUCCUGCUCCUCCAUCUCCUGGGACAGGUCGCUGCGACUCAGCGCUGCCCGACCCCGUGUCCGGCCCAGUGCUCCAAGACGCCGCCGACCUGCGCCCCCGGGGUGAGAGCGGUGCUGGACGACUGCUCCUGCUGUCUGGUGUGCGCCCGCCAGCGCGGCGAGAGCUGCUCGGAGAUGGAGCCGUGCGAGGAGAGCAACGGCCUCUUCUGCGACCGCAGAGCGGACCCCAGCGCCCAGACGGGCAUCUGCAUGGCGGUAGAAGGAGACAACUGUGUGUUCGAUGGGGUCAUUUACCAAAGUGGAGAGACCUUCCAGCCCAGCUGCAAAUACCAGUGCACCUGCAGAGAUGGGCAGAUUGGCUGUAUACCCCGCUGUGAAGAGGACCUGUUACUGCCCCAGCCUGACUGCCCAGCUCCAAGAAAAGUUGAGGUGCCCGGGGAGUGCUGUGAAAAGUGGAUCUGUGACUCAGCUGAGAAGGGGGACUUAGGGGACCUCCUUGCCCUCCCAGCCUACAGGACAGAAGCCACUGUAGGAGUUGCAGUCUCUGACUCCAGUGUCAACUGCAUUGAACAGACCACAGAGUGGAGUGCAUGUUCCAAGAGCUGUGGCGUGGGUUUUUCCACCCGGGUCACCAACAGGAAUCCACAGUGUGAGAUGGUGAAGCAGACUCGCCUCUGCAUGGUGCGGCCCUGUGAACAAGAGCACGAGCAACCAACAGAUAAGAAAGGAAAAAAGUGUCUCCGCACCACAAAGUCGCUCAGAGCCAUGCACUUGCAGUUCAAGAACUGCACAAGCCUGCACACCUACAAGCCCAGGUUCUGCGGGGUCUGCAGCGAUGGCCGGUGCUGCACCCCCCACAACACCAAAACCAUCCAGGUGGACUUCCAGUGCUCCCCAGGGCAAAUCAUCAAGAAACCAGUCAUGGUCAUCGGGACCUGCACCUGUCACAACAACUGUCCUCAUAACAACGAGGCCUUCCUCCAAGAGUUAAAGCCAAACACCAGGAGAGGGAAGGUGUAAUCUGUGUCCCUCGAGAAGCACACCCACAGAGGCAAACUGUAGCUACCCACCAUCAAAUGAAUAUAAGAAAAAUGAUGAAGAGUUGUUAUUUCACCCCUGAGUCCUAUGUAUUUUCUGUGGUCAUAUGAGGUCAGUUAUAUCUGUCUUUUUUUUAAGGAAAGAUACAAUUAACAGUAACCUUGGAAUCAAGGUAAGCUCAGGAUAGUGCUUAGGGAUGGCUGACUUUUCUGGGAUGUUUACUACAAAAGAAAAUCUCUACAAAUUUAAGAAAUCAGAUAUAUGUUUUACUGUGUAGACUGUAUCGCAUUACACUCAUCUUAUUUUGUUAUACACUAGUGCAAUUUCAAGAAAAUGACACUGUAAUGAAUGACACAGUGAAGUCCAGGAUCAUACUGAAGAUGUCGUCAUGCAAAUCUUUCACCAUAUAUUGAGGUUUGACUUGAGGAUUCUCUGUUGAGCUGUCUUUUUUGAGGAGCUCAACCCUGAACUUCCAAGUCUGAGAUCUGAGGAAAUAUAUAGCUCUUCAACUUGAAAUCCAGAGAGAAUUAGUUUUCUGUUUAGUUAUUCACUAGGACACAAGAGGUAUCUACAGUAAUGGAGUUUGUUAAUUGAGUGGGCUGGUGUCAUAAGCAUUUCAGGCAAAUUGACUCCUUUCCAAUAGAAAAAAGCUAAACAGAAGACUCCCGCUAAUACAGAGAUGACCAGGCCCCAGCAGCCCCCGUCCAUUUGUAUAUGCUGGAGGCUGCUGGGGCUCACUAGUUUUUUAAUUCACAAGAAGCAGAGCUCAUCUUACUGAUAAGUAAACUGAGGCCCAAAGCACCUGAUGACAACCUUUGAUGACUUCCAAAUGUGCUUGUAGUGGAAUUUUAAAAAAGAACAGAAUCGACACGAGUAUGGUGGCAAGAGACCACAAGUUGUAUGGGAGUCUAGAAUUAUUGUGGACAUGUGCAAAACUUAUCCUUGGGCCAUAAUUAUGCAAACUCACAAACAAGAUAUAUGUGUAUACAUGCUGUAUCUAAUUUGUCGGGCUAUAAGAUAGGCUGCAAACUUAAAUGUAUACAUUCUUCUAAUGUCACCAUAUGUGUUCAGCUUUUCUCCUUUAAUGUAUUUAUAUAAAUAUAAGUUAUACAUUUUUUAAACUAUUCUUUUUACUUUCUCUACUUGUCAGACAUCACUAAAUAAACAUGAUCUUAUCAA